AAAUUGGGAUAGUUAGUCUCCAACACCUAGAAGGACUUGGGGAAAAAAAUAAUAAUAAUAGUCUACAAAGAGGCUCCGGAUAUUAAGAAGGAGGUUGUCUAGCUAUAUGUAAGUGGGCAGCGCUCCUUAAAAAAGGUAUGUAUUUGGAUUUUUCGGGAAUGGUCUGAGGAGACAUUGUUAUUGUUUAUGGUCUGAGGAGACCCUUUGAUUUAUUAACAGAAUUUGUGGUGUUUUUGGAGGUGUUUUUUGUCGUGCGACAAAUUAUGGCAGAUUUAGGGUCCUCGACUGUUAAUUCUCUUGGCUCAAGUUCUGUGAGUGGUGGUGCCAUUUUUCUCACCAACUCAUCAGAAAAUCCAGGACUUCAAAUCACCACAGUGAAGUUGGAUGGUUCCAAAUAUUUGAUUUGUUCGUUGGUGGCAAAGGCAAGAUUAGCUAUAUUACUAGUUCUGAGAAAGAGCCAGCUGAGUCAGAGAAGGCAUAUCCACAGUGGUUUGCAAAUAACGCUAUGGUUAUGUCUUGGCUAGUCAAUUCGAUGCAACCAAACAUAGCUGUUGGCUAUAUGUUUAUGAAGACUGCUAAGUAAAUUUGGGAUUUAGUUCAACGCACUUAUUCUCAAAGGCAGAAUAAUGCACGAAUUUCCCAGCUGGGGCGAGAUAUCCCCAGGAUUUCUCAGGGUGACUUGAUAGUUUCAAGUUAUAUCGCCAAGCUUCAUGCUAUUUGGGAGGAGAUGUCAUAUUAUGAUUCCUUCCACUCUUGGAAGGAUCCAGAUGAUGCAGUUUUAUAUGCAGGAAUUGUGGAGAAGAAUCGAGUGUUUCAGUUUCUUGCCAGGUUGAACGACGAGUUUGAGUAUGCUCGUGUUCAUUUAUUGGGCUUAUCUUCAUUCCCCACUCUUGAGGAUGCAUACUCCUAUGUGUUGUCAGAUGAGAGCUGUCGGACUCAUCCAUUAGGUGUUGGUUCUGUUGAUCGUUCUGCUAUAGCAAUUCGGGUUCCCAACCUUUCAGGAACUGCACCAUCCCAGUCAGUUCAGAGCUCUAACACCGGUCCUCCUCUGGGACAACAACGCGGACGGUGUGACCUUUUUGGAAAAAUUGGUCACAUCAAAUCUCGUUGUUAUGCUCUACAUAGACGCCCACCGCAACAAAAACAACAGCCUCGAUUCUAUGCACAUUCUGUUACACAACCAGUCUCGUUGUCAACUCCUGACAACUCUGCCUCUACAUCUUCUGCCACAGUUACCUUGACUCAAGUUGAUUUGGACAAGUUUAAGCAAUUCUUCAACCAAAUGGAGGCAUCAUCUCAGCCAACCUCCACUUAUGCCUACUCAGGAUCUGGUGUCAAAACGGACGAUUGGCAGUGGGCGUGAAGUGGACGGUCUAUACCUGUUGGAUGCUCCUUUGUCACCUCAAGCACAUUCAGCUUCAUUUUCUAAUAUUGUUUCAUCUAAUAAAGCCCAG